AUGCAGUGCGACAUAUGUUUUCGAACUGGUGGUAACAAGUUGCCAUUCCUAUGCCCUACCGAUGCUCGUAACCAGCUUUAUGAAACCCGGGUCCAGAACGCUCAGAUCCUACUUGAGAAGGAUGCACUCGACCAGAAGAUAACAUCCCUUCUUUUACCGAAGCCUAAGGGCGAUAACACCACGGCUGAAGCAUCUACGAGUCGGCAGAAAGUUGGUGCUAUAAGUUUCGAGAGAGAUCAAGCUCUAGAUAGGACGCAGCAGAUAAUCGUACAUGCCGAUGAACUGAGGGCCAAAGUUGAGCAAGCGAAGGAGGACAUAGCCAAGAGGAAAGUCAACCUUGCUCGCAGAAGUUCGGAACUAGCUUCAGCAUCAAAUGGAACCGAGGCUAGGAGAGGAAGGCAGACUGAAGAGGUGGAGAAGUCUAUUCGUAUGACCAAGUACAAGUGGAAGAAGGAUCAUGCUGCACUUGCCAUCUCACGAACCUUCCUCUGCGGCGAGGCUGCGAAGUUAUACGGGCUGCGAAGGACUAGAAGGAACGGUGGAUUAGAGAAUUAUAUUAUCGGCUAUGUAGGAAUUAUUGAUUUGAGAGCUAUGAACAGCAAGUCUACCCCUUCUGCAAGUCCUGCCCAGGUAUCAACGGCUCUAUCACACAUUGUGCAUCUCCUGAUGCUAGCUAUGCAUUAUUUGGCUAUACGUCUACCUGCUGAGAUAACUCUUCCUCAUCGAGAUUAUCCUCUGCCUACCAUAUUUCCCCUUGCCUCAUCCCAUACCUACAAAGAUGUACCCUUUCCUAGCAAUACUCCUGGGCACUCUUCCAACACUAGCCCAACCGCAUCACGACAUGCUGAGCAGGCACACUUACCCCGUCCUCGACCCCUAUUCAUCACAAAACCACUUCCUAUCCUAGCAACAGAGGAUCCAGCAGCAUAUGGCCUGUUUAUUGAAGGUGUAACACUAUUAGCAUACGACAUCGCAUGGGCAUGCAAGAGCCAGGGUAUUCCUGUAGGAGACGACAGCAGCUUUGAUGAUAUUUGUAAUAUUGGGAGGAAUUUGUAUAGCCUACUCAUAGGCUCUCGACAACGUCCAGCACCGCCAAGUCGUGUACCAUCAGCACAGUCCACGCCGUCAAAGGGUGGAAAUCGAGACAGUGAGACAGAGGACAAGAAGUCAAAUCCUGAUCCGCUCAUGGGCAAAUAUUCUCAUGGGACUGCCCUAUCAUUUCUAGGAAGCGCGGAAGGGACAGAAUUUGUGCGCAGCUGGAAGCUAUUGAGUCCUGUGAAACUAGCAGAUAGACUCAAGGCGAAGCUGAUGAGUGAAGUUGCUAAUGCCGAAUGGGAGGUAUUGGAUGAAGAUGCAUGGGCAGUAGACGAUGAAAUGGGUGAUGAUGGAGUCAUUGUAGGGGCAAGGAAGGAGGGGGAUAGGGGAAUAGGCUUAGGGAUGCAAAGUUUCAUGAGUAUGAAGACUGUAAUGGAUGCCGUGGAAAUGGUAGGAGGUGGUGAUGGGGAUAGGAAGCCAGGAACUAGCGGCUGGACGAAGCUGAAGCCUAGGUAG